AUGUCAGCGUCGGCGACAAAUCGCCGCGUAUUGCGGAACCUUGAUCAUCUGAAGCAGGGAACGAAUCAAAAGUUCUUGAAUAAGCUGCGUCCCUCCUACGCGCAGUCCACUCCUGCGUAUGUGCAGCCAAAAGACCGCGUCGCAUUCUGGAACAUUGUACCUGGAGACACUGUCAAGCUUCGUACGGGAGCUGUGGGACAUGACGAUGAAGGUCGGCCGAUCCGUGGUGAAGGAAUUGUGACGACGGUCGACCGAACGACUAACCGUCUCUUUCUCCGUGACCUGGACGACCAGCACAAACUAGCACCGAAAAACAUCAAGCAUGUGAUCCCACGUCUCGUUGACCCUGAAGCUGGAGAAGAAAAGGGAUAUUCAGGCAAUGUGAUGAGUGUUCCACGCCCUGUUCACUACUCGAAAGUCAUGCUCAAAGUGCCCAAUACCAACUCGUACGCCUCACGAAUCGUACGUUCCAAGCCAUUCUACGACAGGCACAAGGGCAUGUUUCUCUGGAAACGCUUUGCUAUCGUCAAAGCCACAGACGAAGAGUCGAUUCGUUCGGGUCAGGUUGUCAAAAAAGUUGAAGUGCCCUGGCCCAAAGUGCCAGAGCGCCGUCGUCCUUUCCAGAUCACACAUGCUGAUGGCCGAACUGUAGAAGAAGAGACUUGGGUGCCGUGGGUGCCGGAGGAUCCUGUGCUUCUUCCAAUGCGGAAGCCACGAACGACGCCUGUUCGAGAAGCGCUUGCAGCUGAGCGAAAGACCGUUUGGGAUGCGAAGCUCGCCGAGCUCCGAGCCAAGGCGCACGACUUGACCCUGUCGACUCCAGCUGGUGCCCAUUCUUAUGCGGGCUUUGUGCGGACAGAAAACGUGCGUCCACCACCGAUUGCACAGGGCGCCUAG